AUGUCAACGGACGCGCCAAAAUGCGUAUUUCUUUCUUUCUUUCUUUCUUUCUUUCUUUCUUUCUUUUCAACUUCCGAAUUUUUUCCAUUUUUGCAUUCAGCUUUCUUUUUAUUUUUUUUUUCAUUCAAACGAGGUAGCCAUCUUUUCCUUUUACUUAUGACAUAUUUCUUCGUUUCUUUCUUUCAAUUCAACCACCAAAAUUCUUAUUUUCGUUCAAAUCUUUCAACUUUCUUUUUGCUAUUUUUCUUUCAUAUUUUGUCGAUAUCUUUUCUUUCUUCUUCUAGUUUUACUUUCAUCCUUGCUUGCUUUUUUCUUCUUUCUUUCAAGCCCUCUCUUCCCGAACUUCUUUCUUUCUUUCUUUCUUUCUUUAACAGCUCUUUUUCCACCAGUAUGUUUACUGUUUCUUUCUUUCUUUCUUUCUUUCUUUCUUUCUUUCUUUCUUUCUUUCUUUCUUCUUGCAUUUCUUUCAAAAUCAUUUUCUUGGCAUUGAAUUCUUCACCUCAACAAACUGAGCUUGCCAAAGAAGCCUUCGAUGGUACCACUCCGACCCCCUCAAUCAUUGUCUUCCUGCUUCUUUUAAUGUGCUAUCCUUUCCUUCUUUAUGCAAUUAUAUACCACACUGAUCUAUCUAUCUAUCUAUCUAUCUAUCUAUCUAUCUGUACCUCUUACUAUCUAUACCUCUUUUUUUCCAUCUAUCUAGGAUUACAUCUAUCUAUCUAUCUAUCUAUCUAUCUAUCUAUCUAUCUAUCUAUCUAUCUAUCUAUCUAUCUAUCUAAGAUUACAUCUAUCUAUCUAUCUAUCUAUCUAUCUAUCUAUCUAUCUAUCUAUCUAAGUAAUUCUAUUCAAUAUCUAUCUAUCUAUCUAUCUAUCUAUCUAUCUAUCUAUCUGUACCUCUUACUAUCUAUACCUCUUUUUUUCCAUCUAUCUAGGAUUACAUCUAUCUAUCUAUCUAUCUAUCUAUCUAUCUAUCUAUCUAUCUAUCUAUCUAUCUAUCUAUCUAAUAAUUCUAUUCACUAUCUAUCUAUCUAUCUAUCUAUCUCUCUAUCUAUACCUUCUAUAUCUCUUUCUUUCAUUCUUUCUUUCUUUCUUUCUUUCUUUCUAUCUCUCUAUCUAUCUAUAUAUCUACAUAAUGAUAUGGUGGGAUGUACUUCACCUGGCAAAAUCUAUCUAUCUAUCUAUCUAUCUAUCUCUAUCUAUCUAUCUAUCUAUCUAUCUAUCUAUCUAUGUUUGAUCAUUAUCUAUCUAUCGAUAUCAGUUUCUUCAAUAUCUAUCUAUCUAUCUAUCUAUCUAUCUAUCUAUCUAUCUAUCUAUCUAUACCGGUUUGUUUAUUAUCUAUCUAUCUAUACCGGUUUGUUUAUCUAUCUAUCUAUCUAUCUAUCUCUGUUUGAUCAUUAUCUCUCUAUCGAUAUCAGUUUCCUCAUUAUCUAUCUAUCUAUCUAUCUAUCUAUCUAUCUAUCUAUCUAUCACUGUUUGAUCAUUAUCUCUCUAUCGAUAUCAGUUUCCUCAUUAUCUAUCUAUCUAUCUAUCUAUCUAUCUAUCUAUCUAUCUAUCACUUUUCCUCAUUAUCUAUCUAUCUAUCUAUCACUGUUUGAUCAUUAUCUAUCUAUCGAUAUCAGUUUCGUCUUUAUCUAUCUAUCGAUAUCAGUUUCCUCAUUAUCUAUCUAUCUAUCUAUCUAUCUAUCUAUCUAUCUAUCUAUCUAUCUAAGAUUUCCUUAG